AUGAAAAAAGGACUGAUAGAAAAACAUCCCUUUCCCGGAAAUUGCAAAACACUACAAGCUCCACCAUUAAAUUCGGAAAUUAAAUGCUCCACCGGAGACCUGUCAUUAAAAAAAGACAGCUUCCAAGUGAUAACGCAAAACCAGUUAGGAUCUGGUAUCUCCGCAAUGGGAAAGUGUUUAACCGAAUUAAUAAUAAGAUCCAAAAAUGACCCUACCCUUUUACCACUCAUUGGUGAUCUAGCAGACUCAGGAGGACUUCUGACAGACCUCCACUAUAGGAUGUCAAUGACAAGAAGAUCAUUUAUUACUCCUGGUUUAAGUUUAAUAGUCAAAAAAAUUGCAGAUGAAUGCCCAGUCGAUACGCUUUUAUACGGAGAAAAUUUCGCCGAAAAAUUAAAAUUGGCAAAAGCAGCCGAAAGAUCGAGCAAAGAUAUUGCUAAAACAGUGCCUGGGCCCCCCCAAAAGGAAUUACAGGACGAGGGGGGGGCAGAUCAACAAAUUCACUCGGUACAACACGCAGAAGAAGACUCAACGGUAAUUGAAGUAAGUAUAAUCGCUGGUAGACUGAGACUGUUCGCUCAUAAUUGGUCAAAAUUGACAUCCGAUAAAAUAAUUUAUCAGUACGUCACAGGGUACGAAAUCCCCUUCGUAAGUGAACCCUGGCAAACUGAAUCUCCUAAGGAGUCAAUAAUUUCGUCUCAGGACGAAAGUGAUUAUUUUUCGGCAAUUAAUAUUUUGCUCAAAAAGGGGGCAAUAUCAGAAUGUCCACCCGUUAAAGGUCAAUUCCUGUCAACCUAUUUUUUGGCAGAAAAAUCGAAUGGCGAAAAACGUUUUAUACUCAACUUGAAAAAAUUAAAUAAAUUUAUAAACCCACCCCAUUUCAAAUUAGAGGACAGAAAAACUGUCGCUAGAAUUCUUUUUCAAGAUGCCUUUUUAGCCACUUUAGAUUUGGCCGAUGCAUUUUUACUAAUUCCAGUGUCGAAACCUUUCAGAAAAUACCUACGGUUCAUGUUUAAGGGCAUUAUUUAUGAAUUUAAUUGUGUCCCAUUCGGAUUAUGCACAGCCCCAUAUGCAUUUACAAAAAUUAUGAAACCAGUCAUCGAGAAUCUUCGAUCGCGUUCGUUCCUUUCCGUAGUUUAUUUAGAUGAUUUUUUAUUAAUCGGGAAAUCUAAAAAACAAUGUGAAGAAAAUAUUAUAGCCACGAAACAACUUUUAACAAGUUUAGGCUUUAUCAUUAACUUCGAAAAAUCAGAUACAAAAAUAACAACAAAAAUAAAAUAUUUAGGGUUCAUCUGGGACACAAACAAAAUGACUCUAGAACUAACGGAAAAGAAAAAGAUAUCGAUUUUAACAAAAGCUAAUAAAUUCUACAAAUUAAGAAAAUGCAAAAUCAGGGAGUUAGCACAAUUCGUAGGUACCCUAGUCGCGUCAUGUCCAGCCGUUAAGUACGGAACCUUAUAUACCAAAAGUUUAGAAAGGGAAAAAUUUCUAUCGCUAGCAAAAGAAAAUGAUAACUUUGACAAAUACGUCUCCCUUUCAAAAUCGUUGCAACCGGACAUUAAAUGGUGGAUCGAUAAUAUAUCAUUAUCAAAAAACCCAAUUACUUCACAAGUCUUUAUUCUCGAAAUUUUUACAGACGCAUCCCUGACAGGCUGGGGCGCCGUAUGUAACGAAGAAAAAAUCCAUGGUUGGUGGAGUCUCGAAGAUCAGAAACACCACAUAAAUUUCUUAGAAUUGUUGGCCGCAUUUUACGGACUAAAAUGUUUCGCAAAAAAUUUGCGAUCACGAGACAUUUUAUUACGUAUAGACAACACAACUGCGAUAUCUUACAUAAAUAAAAUGGGUGGAAUACAGUACCCAAAAUUAACUUGCUUAUGUAAAGAUAUUUGGCAGUGGUGCGAAAAACGCAACCUUUGGAUUUUUGCUUCGUACAUCGCCUCACAUGAAAACGUAGAUGCAGAUCGGGAAUCACGGUCAUUACCACAGGAAACAGAGUGGGAACUAGCACCCUGGGCAUUUAAUAAAAUUGAAAAUACUUUUGGCCCAUUCGAAAUUGAUCUUUUUGCAUCCACCGCGAAUAAAAAAUGCAAAAAAUUUAUAUCGUGGAAACAAGAUCCGAACUCCUACGCAAUAGAUGCGUUCACCGUGAAUUGGAACGGGUUUAAAUUUUAUGCUUUUCCACCUUUUUCCGUCAUCCUUAGAACUUUGCAAAAAAUAAUUACGGAUAAAGCCGAAGGGGGAAAACCAUCCUCUCUCGAAGAAACUUACCCUGGCAGCAGGACUAUUAUCAGGGAAGCUUUUCUCGCACAGGGAGUCCCAGAAGCAUCAAUUCCGACGACACUCCAGUCCUUAGCGAGCAGCACAAUUAAACAAUACAACAAGCCUUUGAGGCUCUGGUGGAGUUAUUGCAAAACAAGGAAUCUUUCAAUGUUCAAAGCAUCGGUAUCGGAAGCUAUAGAUUUUUUAACGUCUGUGUCGAAAUCGAUAAAAACGUAUGGGACUAUGAAUACGUAUCGCUCAGCCGUCUCUCUAGUAUUGAAUCAUGAUUUAGGAAAUAACCCAAUCGUUAAGCGCUUUUGUAAAGGUUUUUCGGUGGAAAAACCUUCGCGUGCAAAAUACGAAGAUAUCUGGGACCCAGACGUAGUCUUAAGAUAUCUUUCAGACCUUGGUCCAAACUCAGAAUUGAGUUUAGAACAAUUAUCGAAAAAAUUAGUAACUCUCAUGGCUUUAUCUACUGCUCAGCGCCUCCAAACUUUAUCUAAAAUUAACUUAGAAAAUAUUAAAGUAUGCGACGAUGCUAUAAAAAUUUAUAUUCCUGAUAGACUAAAAACUACGAGAGUAGGCAAAAAUCAACCAUUGUUAAAUUUUCCAUUUAUGUCAGAGCAGCCAAAUCUUUGCGUGGCGACACUAAUUCAAACGUAUAUGGAAAAAACCAAUUCUGUCAGACCAGAAGGCGUGGAUUCAUUGUUACUAACGUAUAAAAAACCAUAUCAACCUGCGAGUAGUCAAACUUUGAGUCGAUGGCUCAAGGAAAUCAUGAGCAUGAGCGGAAUAGACGUCAGCACCUUUGCGGGAUACAGCGCGAAACAUGCAGCUGUGUCUGCAGCAAAACGAAAAGGUUUAAGUAUUGAAAACAUAAGAGCGGCUGCAGGUUGGUCACAUAAAUCAAAUGUGUUCGAGGACGAGAUCACGUAG